AUGCUAUGGUCUUUCUGCUUGCAGGUCUCUGAGGAGGAAGAGAGAGUGAAUAGCAGCAGCUACUUGAAGAAUGAGGUUUCUAACAAUGCCCCUUCCCAGGAUCUGCGGGAAGAGGAGAUGCGCAGCAGCGGGAAGGGGCAGCAGGUUGGUGACAGAGCCUUCCGUUGUGGUUACAAAGGUUGCGACCGCCUCUACACCACCGCCCACCAUUUAAAGGUGCACGAGCGAGCUCACACAGGUGAUCGGCCAUACAGGUGUGACUUCCCGAGCUGUGGGAAAGCAUUUGCUACAGGGUACGGGCUGAAGAGCCACGUGAGAACGCACACUGGUGAGAAGCCAUACAAGUGCCCCGAGGACAUUUGCAGCAAAGCCUUCAAAACCUCAGGGGACCUGCAGAAACACAUCCGCACACACACAGGUGAGCGUCCCUUCAAAUGCCCGUUUGAAGGCUGUGGCCGCUCAUUCACCACCUCCAAUAUCCGUAAGGUCCACAUCCGGACACACACGGGGGAGCGCCCGUACAUGUGCCCCGAGCCCAGCUGCGGGAGAGGUUUCACGAGCGCCACCAACUACAAGAACCACAUGAGAAUUCACACAGGCGAGAAGCCGUACAUGUGCACUGUGCCGGGCUGUGGGAAACGCUUCACUGAGUACUCCAGUCUGUACAAACACCAUGUGGUCCACACCCACUGCAAGCCCUACACCUGCAACAACUGCGGGAAGACCUACCGCCAGACCUCCACGCUGGCCAUGCACAAGCGCAGUGCCCAUGGAGAGCUGGAGGCCACGGAGGAGAGUGAGCAGGCUCUCUACGAGCAGCAGCAGCUGGAAGCUGCCGCAGCCACAGAACAGGGCCCAGCACUGAAGCGCCAGCAGAUUGCUUUCCUUUCGGAGGAGGAGGAGGAGGAGGACGGCAUACCUACCCAGGUUUCACUUAUCUCUCAGGAUGGAACACAGCAGGUCAGUCUGUCCCACGAGGACUUACAGGCACUGGGCAGUGCCAUCAGCAUGGUAACACAGAGUGGCACCAUCACAAUGCCACAGGAAGACCUUGCAGCUUCUGGCACGCACACAGUCACCAUGGUUACGAUAGUCACCACUGGGGCAGUGAUGUCUGAAGGGUCAGCCAUCGCAUCCCUCCAUCACCAGCAAGUGGCAUUGCUCGCAACUGCCUGCGGCACUCAUAUUGCAGUGCAGCUGGAAGAGCAGCAGAGCCUGGAGGAAGCCAUCAGCAUGGCAACAGCAGCAAUUCAGCAGGAGUCUGUAACACUCAAUGCAGCCCUGUCUGAGAACGGGUGCUGAGACACUGCGCAACCCGUGGACCGGGAGGCUUGAGUGGAACAGGGAUGGCAAUCAAACGGCCCCUUGUGUUCGGUUGGGGGUUUCAGGUUCUGAAACAGCCCCCCCGACUGCUGCACAGAAGAUAAACUGUAAUGCGUGGUACAACCCGUGAAUGCAGAAGGGAGUCCCUGAUAACUGUUACGUGCAUCCAGCUUGUGUGUUAGGCAGGCAGCGAGAGCAGAUACAGGAGCUCUCUGGGCUGCCAGAGUGACCCUGUUUAAAGGGCUCUCCUAUCGCUGACAGCGACAUCUUUCUAAGAAACCUGGCUGGAGGCUUUAAAGCUUUCCUGGAUCCUGGGCAGUCGCUCUGCUGCCAUCCAGGACUAUCCUGCUCAUUUUCCAGGGACACUGACUUCCCCUGAGUCUGGAGCAGGGCAGAAGCUCUUGUGUUCCUUUGUGGCCAAGAGUUGGAAUUCCAAGGCAAGAUGAUCUGCUACACCCCGCAUGGAACUGCAGAGACCGUAGCUUCAUGGCACCACAGGGAGUCAGCGAUCAUUUUGGAGAGACAGUUCCUGCUCUCUCACACUAGGUGCUCCAGGGAUGAACACAGAUGGUCUGACAUCCACACACACCCUGGAAACACAUACACAAGUGGCACGGAAGCAGCAUAUGCACAGAAGCAAUAAAGCCCCAUCAAAGCAACCCCGGGCUGUCCUGGUCUCGGUGUUUUGGACAACGAUCACUUCUUGACGCUGGAAGUCAGAGAUUAUCACCGGCACAGGCUGAGGGCGGCAGGAUCCACGUUAGGCUGGAUGUGACAGCAUUUCUCCCUUUCUCCUUAGCCCCCUUCCUUUUGACUCAACAGCCAAGUUCAUUUCCAGACUCAGCUGCUGUGGGGAGGGUAGAGUACUCAACCUGGGCAGGCCAGCACUUCUUGGGGCACAAGCUAGAGUUAGAUGUAAAUAGUGAGUUUAAAUAAAACUAAUUAAAGUUUGGUUUUUUUUUUUAAUAUCUUUUCCUCUCUCUUUCAAUCCCUGCAGCCCGGGGAAGGGGAGGGGAAGAAAGAGGGGGGUUGACAUAUACUUAAUAAAGCUUCUAAGUUUA